AUGGUGGGUACUGAAAGUUCAGCCAUAGGAACGACUGGUCUAGGUGGAAUUCAAUCCUCUGUUCAAGGUGGAAUGCAACCUAAUGUGAUUGAUUACAAUCAUCCACUAUUCCUCAAUCCAUCAGAUAAUAUAUCCUCUCUGUCUCAAGAAAAUAUGUCUGUGUCUGCAUAUUUUUCGAAACUGAAAGAUUUGUGGGAUGAGUUCGAAGCACUUGUUCCUGCACCAAACUGUGAAUGUGAUAAAUCUAAAGAUUUUGUGGUGCAUCUUCAGAAAUUGAAGUUGUUUCAGUUCUUGAUAGGAUUAAACGAGUCAUUUCUUCAAGCAAGAAGUCAAAUAUUGCUUAUGAGUCCUUUGCCUUCGGUAAAUCAAGCUUAUGCUAUGAUUGUAAGUGAUGAAAGUCAUAAGGCAGUAGCUACAAGUGCUGGAGUAUUGGGAGUUAUGCCAGGUGCACAGUUGCGAGAUUAUGAAAUAGCUAUGGAGAAUUGUUGGAAGUUAAUUGGCUACCCUCCUGAUUUCAAGACCAAGAGAAAGCAAAGAAUAGAAAGUGGUGCUGCAUAUAAUGUAGUGGCUGGUCAGUCUGGUGAACAAUGCUCUCAAGUAAAGGCAAGGACAUGUGAUCAAGAAGAUUUUGAAGUGCAUAUGUCUAUGAUAAGCAAGAUAGGUAAAACAACUUUCACACAAGAGCAAUAUAAUCAGAUUCUAAAGAUGAUCCAUACUAGUGGUAUAUCAACACAGGAGACUGAGGUAGCAGAUGUGGCUAAUGUCGCAGGUAUAAGCAGUUCUUUUCUAGCUUAUUCGAAGUCACAACAGUGGAUAAUAGAUACAGGAGCUACUCAUCAUAUAGUGUCUGUGGUAACAUCUGAAAAAGUAAAGAGGGCCUGUCUUCCUAAUGGUGAUACAACUGUAGUUGCUAAUGUAGGGAAACGUUGUUUGCCAGAGGGAAACAAUAUUUCUAAUGUAUUGCAUAUUCCUCAGUUCAAUUAUAAUCUACUCUCAGUGUCCAAGGAUCUCUACACUGGGAAGGUGAGAGCAAUUGGAAGAGAUAAUGGUGGUCUGUAUUCCCUGGUUGAUCAGAGUGCUAAAAGGGCGACUAGUUGUGGAGACAAUGAAGUAUUAACUGCUAAUACCGUAGAGAAGAAACAAGCAGAAGUGGACUUAUGGCAUAGGAGGUUGUAUGGAAAGAAACCUAAUUGUGAUCAUCUUAGAGUAGUGGGGUGCUUGUGCUAUGCUAAGGUUGUGAAUGAGCAUGACAAGUUGUUGUCUAGAACAAAGUUCACUGUCCUCAUGGGGUUUUCUGAUACUCAGAAGGGAUAUGUGUUGUAUGAUAUGUUUGAGUUAGCUGACAUAACCACAAGUGGAGAAUCAGUGAAGGCUGUUUCUGACAUAAUGAAUAAGAUUUCUGAUACUACAAGUUCACAAGGUGCAGUCUCAGAUGGUCAGCAUGAACAACAUGAGGUGACACAAGAUGAUACAUGCAGUUCACAGAGAGUGCAAGACCAGAGGAAGUCAACUAGAGAGAGGAAGACACCAGUGUGGAUGAAUGAUUUUGUGUCCAUAAACAUUCACCAAGAAGUACCCUAUGCCUUAUCGAAGUAUGUGUCUUAUUGA